AGCGUGAGCACUGGAUGAUCCGUGCCUGAAAAUUUGACAUCAUUAUUAUUGUUAUACGAAGUUUAACAGUAUAAUAAUAUACAUAAUUAUUAAUUUACAAGGUUCUUCAGCGAUUCAACUAGCUUCGUAUUUCAGUGAUCACAUGGUUCUACAAAUGGCGCCAAUGCAGGCCACAAUAUGGGGCUACGCAGAGGAAUCGGCUCUGAUUCGGGUUACACUGGACGGGAAAAAAUAUUCAGUCUCUUCUAGUUUUAACCGCACUUGGAGUGUUGUGUUAGACCCAGUGCCAGCUGGAGGGCCAUACACAAUAUUUGUGGAAUCCAUCGGUGAAUCUGGGAGCGUUGGCCCACCAAAAGCUAAUAUCAGUGACGUUCUGUUUGGUGAUGUCUGGAUUUGCAGUGGUCAAAGUAACAUGGCAUUAUCUGUACCGUUGGUGAUAAAUGCCACUGAAGAGCUAGCUCGAUCUUACGAGUAUCCUGAAAUUCGUAUUUUUUCGGUGAAAAAUGAGGUAUCAAAUGUUCCCUUAGAUGAUAUAAAGUCUGCCUACCUGCAUUGGUCGCUUCCCAAUCCAGACACUCUUGGCCAAGGUAGACCGGGAAGGGGAUACUGGUACUUUUCAGCUGUGUGUUGGUUUUAUGGUAGAGAUCUUUAUAAUCACUUCGGAUAUCCAAUCGGUCUUAUUUCUUCGAACUGGGUUGACACACCAGUAGAAGCAUGGUCCUCCCAAGAUGCUAUAGAUGCAUGCCAGUACUUAAGCAGAAAGAAGCGCCGUGGCUUCCGGGACGACACUGUAUUGUGGAAUAGCAUGAUUCAUCCUUUUAGUCGAAUGGUAAUCAAGGGGGCAAUAUGGUACCAAGGUGAACGUAACACUGAUGCCCCCAACACCUACAACUGUACAUUCCCUGCUAUGAUAGACGACUGGAGAAAGAAAUGGUACGAGGGAACCGGUGGACUAACCAACAAGAAAUUUCCAUUUGGUUUUGUGCAGCUCUGCACAUCUAGCGCGGUUCGACCAGGACGUAUUGGAAAUUACCCAAUUUUGAGGUGGCACCAGACUGCUGACUUCGGAUACGUACCAAAUCCAAGAAUGGAGAAUGUAUUUAUGGCGGUAUCUGUUGAUCUUCCCGACCCAACAUCUCCAUUAAAGCCUAUCCAUCCUCGAUACAAACAAGACGUCGCUAGGCGCCUUGCCUUGGCAUCCAGAGCUGUGGCCUACGCCGAAAAGGACUUAGUUUUUGCUGGACCAUUCCCUACCAAUAUAAAAAUGACGAAUACUUCGUUUACAAUUGAAUUCGACCACGGAAAUGCAAAUAUUAAAGUUGUCAGUAACAAAGGAUUCGAGAUCUGUUGCGUAAAUUCAUUAUCGUUUUGUGCCGAGAAUGAUCAGCAGUGGAUUUCGGUGACUGUAAACAAGUUGGUAGCGCCAUCUAUAGUCCAGUUUUCACAUCCGUGUGAAUCAGUGAUCACUCAAGUUCGAUACCUUUGGAGGGAGUAUCCAUGUGCUUUCAAAGGAUGCGCAUUAUACAGCGUUGUGAAUAACCUUCCAACGCCACCAUUUAUUUAUAAUGUAAUAUACCAUGACCUACUUACUAAGCCUAGUACUGGCAGUGCUCGGGGAUCAAUCCCGUCAGACACCUUAGUCCAAAUACCAAAAAACAUUGUGUUGGCCACGCCCAACCGACCCAAAAUGUACGAAAUUAAGGUUCGGAAUUUUAUUUCUAUUUAUUUAUUUAUUAUUAUUUUUAUUUUGUUAUUGCUAAAACAUAAGAAAAGGACAUGAUGGUACAUCGUGUAGCAUAGCUUUCAACGAAUGUUGUCCUAUAAAUAAAUAAUAAAUACAUUAUGUAAUUAAAUUCCACCGACGGGAUAUUUUAUUUGAACACUGUAUUUACCUUUCUUUAGUGAUUUAUAUAUAGGCCUACCGGUAAUUUAACAAUGUUAAAGGCUAUCUUGAUAUAUAUAUAUA